AUGAGCAAUUUGAGAACCCUAUGCAGAACUCAAACAGUAUUCUCCUUUAUUAAUUGUACACACCAAUUUCGAUUCAGAGCUUCGUUUUGGAACCCUAAUUGCAAACCCCUUUUGCAAUCACCUUGGUUCUACUCUACAUGGCUCGUUUCUUCGGAUUCCACCACACCCAUGCCCCGGUUUCGUCUCAAUCAGAAGAGAACUGUGGCGAAAGCAACCAAUUGGGGUCAACAAAAGUCCCCAUAUGAAACUCUUGAAUUGGAAGGAGAUGCCGACGACGAGAAGAUAAAGGUUGCUUAUAGACGUUUGGCCAAGUUUUAUCAUCCAGAUGUCUAUGAUGGAAGAGGAACACUUGAGGAAGGUGAAACAGCAGAAGCUAGGUUCAUCAAGAUUCAAGCUGCUUAUGAGUUGCUCACAGAUGCAGAGAAGCGAAGACAAUAUGACAUGGAUAAUCGGGUCAACCCUAUGAAGGCAUCGCAAGCAUGGAUGGAGUGGCUUAUGAAAAAACGAAAAGCUUUUAGUCAGCGGGGUGAUAUGGCAAUUGCUGCUUGGGCUGAGCAGCAACAACGCGAGUUGAAUGUCCGCGUACGUCAACUUUCUCGCUCAAAGAUUGAUCCAGAUGAAGCUAGAAAGAUUCUGGCAAGAGAAAAGAAGGCUUCAGCUGAACAUUUCAGCAGUACCCUUAAAAGGCACACACUUAUACUGAAGAAGAGAGAUCUAAUGCGGAAAAAAGCUGACGAAGAAAUGAAGAAGACUAUUAGCCAGCUCUUAGCUGCAGAAGGGCUUGAGCUUGAUAAUAGUGACGAGGAAUUAUAG